GGUCUGGACGCGAGUCGAAGCUCUCGGGCUCCGCGGGUGCUAGGGAAGAAGGGGCGGCGCGGGAUCCGGGCGCGAGACGUGGGGGGGCUCCGGGUUGCAUGAGCCUCCCCCCCCCUUGUCCUUUGCAAAAAAAAAAAAGCCCCCCCAGCUUUGCAAAGCCGAAGUUGCAAACCUCCAAAUUUUGCAAAAAAAAAAAAAAAAAACCUCCAGCAAAAUUGGCAUUUAUUGGGGGGCGAUUUUAAAGAAAAAAAAACCCCGCCCUCUCUGGAGUUGCUAGGAGAGGGGGGGGGUCUUGAAGAGGAGGGGGUCCCCCUGGCCCCCUCCCCCAAAUAAGUGGGGAAAGGCUGCCCCCCCCCCACUUCCAGGAAAGGCUUGGAAAGCAUUUUGGGUGGGUGGGCUCUGCUGGUACUACGAUUCCCCCCCCCCCACCCGGACAGAUGCUGACUUCGUGGCAGCCGAGAUGACCCCGGAAGAAGAGAGCCCCCCAGGAGGGGAGGCUGAUGGGGACCCAGCCUGCCCGCCCCCCUUCCCCAGGCAUCUUUCCAAGAGCUGCAACCUGCAGAAGGGUUGCGACUCCUUGGCCCAGACACAACGCACCAAGUUACAACACCGCCGUGCAAGAAUCAACCAGCAGAUCAACAAAGAGAUGAGGAUGAGAACCGGGGCCGAGAAUCUGUUCAGGGCCACCAGUAACCACAAAGUCAAAGAGACGGUUGCUUUGGAACUCAGCUACGUCAACUCCAACUUGCAGCUACUGAAGGAGGAACUGGAAGAGCUGAACAGUUGCAUGGAGGUCUACCAGAAUGACAGUGACUCCAUUAGCGUCCCGAUGAUCCCCCUGGGGUUGAAGGAGACCAAAGAACUGGACUGGGCAGCUCCUCUGAAGGCCGUCAUUAAAGAACACUACAAGGAAGACGAAGACUCUUACAAGGAGGAGCUGAAAGCCCUUGUGGAUUUACGCCAGGCCAUGCGGGCACCCAGCCGGAACAAGGCGGGCCUUGAACUCCUGAUGGAAUAUUACAGCCAGCUCUACUUCCUCGACAACCGUUUCUUCUCGCCCCAUCAGAAUCUGGGACUUUUCUUCCACUGGUACGAUUCGCUGACGGGAGUGCCCUCUCACCAGCGGGCCCUGGCUUUCGAGAAAGGAAGCGUGCUUUUUAAUAUCGGAGCCUUGCACACCCAGAUCGGCGCGCGCCAGGACCGUACCACUUUGCAGGGGGUGGACUGCGCCAUCGAAGCCUUCCAAAGGGCAUCGGGCGCCUUCAACUACCUGAAGGAGAACUUCUCCAACGCCCCCAGCCUCGACAUGAGCAGCCCCUCCCUCAACAUGCUGGUCCGCCUGAUGAUCUCCCAGGUGCAGGAAUGCGUCUUCGAGAAGGUUCUCCUGCUGGGAGCCCAGAGCGACUUCCUUGUCUACCUGCAGCUCGCCCAGGAAGCAGCCCGGGUGGAAGAGGUCUACUCCUUGGUGCACCAGACCAUGGCCCAGCCCCACGUCAAGGACUACGUGCCUUUCUCCUGGACCUCCAUGGUGCACGUCAAAGCCGAGCACUUCAAGGCCCUCUCGCACUACUACGCUGCGGUUGCCCUUUGCGACUGCCCCUGCACGUCGGAGGUGGAUUUUCCCGAGCAUGAAAAAGCCUUCCUCCAGUUUCACGUUUCCACGCCGAAGGACCGCUCCUUCUUACUCUUGCAAGACCAGGAAGCGCGCCGGCGACUAGGGAAAGCUCACCUCAAGAAAGCCAUAAUCGAGCAUGAGGAGGCCAUGAGGAUCCAUAGCUUGUGCAAGAUCUUGAGGAAGAUGGAUAUCUUGCAGGAGGUCCUCUCGCUGGCCCACAAACGGUCCCUCAGCAAAUACUCCGAAAUUGACCAUGAGGAAGAUUUCUUUGAAACCGCGGAAGCCCCAGACAUCCAUCCCAAAACACAUCAGAGACCUGAAAUCAAAUCUCCCAACUUCUCCAAGGUGAAGGUCAUCGACAUCUUUCAUAGACUGGGACCCCUCUCCGUUUUCUCUGCCAAGAAUAAGUGGCACCCCACACGGACGGUGCACUUGGUCCGCGGAGCAAACGGCUUUGGAUUCACCCUGCGAGGCGAUUCUCCGGUCCUGGUUGCUGGGAUCAUCGCUGGUGGGUGUGCGGCGGAAGCCGGUCUGAAGGAAGGAGACUACAUUGUCUCCAUCAAUGGCCAAGACUGCAGGUGGUCGAAACACGCAGAUGUGGUGCAGCUGUUGAAGGUGGCCGGAGAGGAGGGGGUGAAAGUGGGCGUUAUCACUCUGCUGCCCCCAGAAGGACAGAGUGCGAAAGCAGACAAGAAGCCGACAGCCGCGACCUCCGGAGCAGGAGCUGCGCUGAAAAGCAACAAAGAGAACAGCCGCAAGACCCCCCUGCCGAGCAAGGCUUCCGGGGGUCUCCUCGCUUGGGGACGGAAGAGCAAACGCAGCAAAAGCUGCAGCUCCGUGACCCUCCCCUUCACCGUGGGGGAUAACAAACCGGCCCACUGAGCCUGCCCAGAUCCAUCAUCCCCCUGGACCUGGAGAAGAGGCGAUGGGUGUCCGUCACACAGAUGUUUUUGGACCUCUUCAAACGAGACUCAUUUUGGGAAGGUGGACCAGAGUUGUAUCACCUUGCUUCUGGGGAUGGGCGGGGUGGGGUGGGGUGGGGUGAAAUGUGCCUUGGGAGAAAAAUUAAUUCUGCACCACUAAACUUCCUGAUGACUUAA